CCAAGUUGAUCGUCUAGCAACUGGUUUUAAAAAAAUACCUUGCAUACAGAAAACAACCCUGGAAACCCAAUCGAUGUAUAACUUGGCCCCAGGAACACCCCGCUUAGUCAUUACCCGGAGAGACAGCGGAACAUUUCGAUAGGCUGCAGCGGGCGGACAGACAGCGCGUGCAGCGGACUGCAGAUGCGAAAACCACAUGAAGUGAAUGCCCAACUUCUCUCGCGACCCCUCUUUCUCCCUCUCGUCAUCUCAAGGGAUUAAGUUCCAGGAAGGCGAAACCAAGAUCCACCAGGAAGCCAGCUCGGUCUUUUCCGUCCUUUCAACAGCUCAGCUACUCUCACGAUGACCCUCACCACCUACCCAGCUACCACUGAUCCCUCCGAUCUCGCUGCCCUCAGCCUAUCGCGUCUCGUCACUCGCCUCGAACACAAUCUCCUCUCUCCAAAUGCCGAUCUAAAAUCUUUACGCCGAUCAGAGUACCAGCGGAUGCGAGUGAGCGCGAACAUAGAAUACGCACGCGCAAACCUCCAAGCCCUAGAACGCAGCCUCCCGCAAAUCAAACCUGUUGACCGCCGCCAUGAGCUCCAAUCCUCACUUUCCCGCAGCCGCGAAACGCUGAAGCAAGUCCAGAAUACGCUCGAUGAAAUACAAUCCGAAGAAGAGGCUCGCUCUUCAGCUCGGGCCAAUGAAUGGGACAACGGGGACGACUUCGAAGAGGAUGAAGACGAUGCGGACUCCUCCGAGGAUCUCUUAGGGACACCUGAGGAGGGGGCCAGUACAGCUGAUGAAGCUACACCGGAGGAUGACGCCUCAAAUCAGACGCAUGCUAGGGGCUUGCCUACUACAGAAACAACAACUACGACGACCCCAUCAACCAUCCCACCAUCCACCAGCACAGUAGCAGCAAGUUCCGCGCCGACGCCAACCACGCCCGCACCGGCCCUCCGAAACAGACACCACAACACUGCAAACCCGACAACAACAGCAACAGCAACAGGAUCAUCUCUCCACAAACCCACGCCCACUUCACCACCCCCUGAAGCAGAAACAGAAGAGGCCCUAUCGACUGACCGCCUCGAACAAGAAAACCUCACCUCCUCCCUCCUCGACCUCGCCACGCAGCUCAAGUCCUCGUCCCACGCAUUCCAGGCGUCCCUCGAAGCCGAGAAAUCAGUCCUCGCCCGCGCCGCGGAGGGCCUAGAUCGCACGACAGGGAACCUCGCUUCUGCUGAGCGCAGGAUGGGUAUGUUGCGAAGGAUGACGGAGGGGAAGGGCUGGUGGGGAAGGAUGCUGCUGUAUGCGUGGAUCUUUGCGCUCUGGGUUGUCGCUAUAUUGAUUGUUUUUGUUGGGCCGAAGCUGAGAUUUUGAGCUGUUCCUUUUUUUUUUUUUCCUAACCUCAAUAUUUUCUGCCAUUUUCGGUUCGGCCACGUAUUAUUAGAUUGAUUUAGCAGAGCGAUAGUAUCUGGUGUCUUGGGCGUUGCUUGUUUACUUGGGCAACUAUCUUUCCUAUCUACCAAGAUGGAUUAUAACUAUAGACGUUGUUAUUACGACUUAACAAACCAAGGGGGGAAUGGUAAUGGAAACUGAAAACGUUGACAUAUAAUAAGCUACUAUACGACCAAUGACCGACCAUGGACAUGACACAUAAGAAAACCUUAAGAAAAGACAUGAUAAUCAGUAU